AUGGUUAAGUUAUGGCCGUGGAAAGGUGAAGAUAAUUCUGCCGCCUCGUUCGAGAAGGCCUUGUCAUCGCUGGCGGCCAAAAUAAAUAAAUCGCAAACACAGCUCGACGUCCUCCGGCAGAAAGGCCGACGGCUCAAGGCUCUAUGGACGCUAUAUGCCAUUUUUGCAUAUCUGCUUUGUACCGCAAUACUAAUCCUAGUUGUUGGCUGGAGCCGCUGGACUGCAGUUGAAUAUACGUCAGUCUCAGCGGCACCUUUAUGCAUAUAUCUCGUUAGGAAGGGGAUCAGUGGAUACUAUAAUUACAGAAUCGACCUCGUUUCUCAGCGGCUAGAAGGCCAGCAAAGCGAGAGGACGAAGACAAUCGACAAACUCAAGGCGGCUACCAAGUACAAUUCUACUCAGGAGUUACUAGAGAAAUAUGGUGGCACAACGCCGACGCCCAAGCCCAAGAAACUCAAAGCGCAAUCCAAAAGCCCCAAGGACAUACCACCUCAGAGGACCGUUACAGGCCCACCGCCACCAACAGCCAAUAUACCACAACGUAGUCCCGAUCGCGUAUCAAAAGCACCAUAUGUAUCCACAUCAGAAGUUUCUCCAUCCGUCGGGCCGCCAAAUAAUGUGAGGCCUGCGCCAACAAGCCCUAGCAUUGGAUCCGCCGAGUUUGCCCCAAAUGCCUUUUCCGGCCCAAUGCAAUAUGCAAGUAGUACUGGCGAAAGCAGCAUUGGUGGCCAUUGGUACGACAGGGUACUGGACUUACUCAUGGGUGAGGAUGAGACAUCUGCGAGAAAUCGAAUUGUCCUCAUAUGCCAAAAUUGUCGACUUGUAAAUGGACAAGCACCACCUGGGAUAAGGAGUGCCACGGAGCUGGGAAGAUGGAGGUGUUCGGGAUGCGGUGCUUGGAACGGUGAAGAAGACGAAGCCGUGAAAGUGGUCCAAGAAAUGAAGGAAAAGAUCGAGCAACAACCGCGACACUCCGGGAGCGAGAGUGACGAGGACGCCCUUUCGGACAGUCAUGGGGUCCCUGGCAGUGAGGUUCAAAAAGGUCUCGACAUCGGCUCCAUCGAGAAUGUUGCUCAUGUCAAGCACAAAAAGAAUGGAUCGAAGGACCUCAGAAAGGCUUAA